AUGAGUUUUGGUCCAGUGGAUCAAAACGUAUCUCAUCCCUACGGACUCCUUCUGUUCUACAAGGUGGAAGUUCAUAACGGCCAGAGAACUUCAUUCUGGUACGACAACUGGUCGCCGCUAGGUACGCUGAUCGACAUCACUGGACCACGGGGUUUUAUUGAUCUGGGUAUUACUUCGAGUAAAUCGGUGGCGGACGCUCUCACUGGUCUCGGACGCAGACGCCAUAGAACAGAGCAGCUACGGGCUAUCCAAGUCAUGCUCAACUCUCUAUGCAGCCGGAGCAUGCACACUGCAGAAGACAUACCGCUUUGGAAAGCUUCUGCGGACGUAUACAAACCUUCUUUCAGUACAAAGAAUACCUGGAUACAGCUCCGACAUGCCGGACCCGUUAUUCAAUGGCACCGUGGAGUUUGGUUUACUCAUUCCACCCCUAAAUUAUGUUUCUUUGCCUGGUUAGCGAUGCAUAAUCGUUUGGCUACCGGAGAUAGAAUGCUCUCUUGGAAUGCGGGUGUCAAUGCUACUUGUCUCCUAUGUCAGCAGUCUGUGGAAUCCCGCAAUCACCUCUUCUUCGCAUGUCGAUACUCUGCAGCAGUCUGGAGUGUGUUGACAAAGGGUCUUCUCAAAGGCCUCUACACCACAAACUGGAACGCCCUUGUCUCCGUCAUUUCAAAUACCACUCAACCACGACAUACCCAAUUCCUCAUUCGGUAUGUUUUUCAAGCCACAAUUCAUGGUCUCUUGACUUGA